UAAUAAUAAUAAUAAUAAUAAUAAAAUCUUAAAAAAUUGAAAUUGAAGUGAGUCAAGCAAAGCCAAGUCAAGCAAAGCCAUGGCCAUAGCCAUCUCCUCAACACUUCUCCUACACUUACCUCCAAAACCCAAAUUCACAUUUCCCUCCACAAACCCUAACCCUAGAUAUCUCAACCCCAAUUUCCAUGGCAACUCAAGAUUACAACUCCCCAAAACACCCUUCUCCUAUUCCAGAAAUGGAAGCGAAACCAAUUGUCCUGUUCCAUUAGAUCAGCAACCCAUAAACGAGUACCAAACCCUAUCCACCUCUUUCCCCUUCUCAUGGGCCUCCGGAGAUUUCGUCGAGUAUUGCUCUCGAUUGGCUGUCACAGGAGCCUCUUUUGCUCUCCUUAUCGGACUCCCCGUCGCCUGGUCCGGCGCCGUUGGACCUAAUUCCGAACCAGUGAAGCGGUUGCUCUGCGUUGUGUCAAGUGGGCUUAUUGUGGUUACUCUUGCUGUUGUUAGGAUGUAUCUUGGUUGGGCUUAUGUGGGCAAUCGAUUGCUUAGUGCCACUGUUGAAUAUGAAGAGACAGGGUGGUAUGAUGGUCAGAUGUGGGUUAAGACUGCUGAAGUUCUCGCACGCGAUCGGCUGCUCGGUUCAUUCUCUGUGAAGCCUGUGCUGAGUAGAUUGAAGUACACACUAGUUGGUUUGGGAUUAUCAUUGUUAGUCUGCAUUAUGUUUCUGGUCAACAUUGAUGAGACUACUCAAACUAAAAAUUAUGAAGAUGAUGAGAUGAGAGUCAUACAUGGAGUCUAUAAUGAUGAUUCAGCCAGGUCUUUUGAGCCAGAUGCUUUCUAUGGUGAACCACCUCCUCUCCCUUAAUAUACAUACAUCUCUAUAUAUAACUGUAUAUGUGUAUAUAUAUAUAUAAAAAUGCUGUUACUACAAUAUGAGGAAAUUAAUAUUUAUAUAAUAUGGUGAUUGAAAGAAUUAAUCACUCUUUGGCUA